CUGCACACCGGCGCGUACGGAUCACCUCUCGCGUUCGCCGUUCACUGCUCUACAGUUUUUAAUAGUAGUAAUAACAUCGUUGUCGUUGUACAAACUGCAGCACAAUAUAAUAUUGUUAUAAUACCGGUGCACAUUAUUGCCGCCGUGAUCGUUACGAUAAUAUUAUAUCGCAUUUGUAGUAUUGCAUUAUAGUGUUCGGCUACAAUAUUGUCCGUAUAUUAUUUACCGGUUUUAUUUUUUUCUGUUCGGCGGUUUUUUUUUUCUUCUCCCGUUACAAGUUUGCCGUUUUUCGUCGUGCGUUUCGUCCGUUUUGAUCCGCGACCGUUGCGAGCGUUUUAUUAUUAUUAUUAUUAUUAUUUUUUUUUUCUGAUUUGUGCGACUCGCCGUCCGAAAACUCGAAAACCCCGCGUUAUUCGAACGGCACACGGAUCCUUGAAAAUCCUGAAAACGACCGCAGCGACCGGCCGCGCAGGACAACAGAAAUACGCAUACCGACAGAUCCCGCCGCACAUAAUAACGAUUGUGAGUACCAUAUUCCGUUACGACGGCGACGCUCAUCGGUACGGUGUCCGGUCGAAGCGCGACCUUGCUGCAGCAGUGGCCGGCCGGGCUAGCAGCUGCAGUGGCCGCCGGCGGAGGAGACGACGAUAACAGGACGAAGACUGCUAUGACUGUGCACGAGCUGACGGCCGCGUCCGCAGCCGGCACCAUGCCCCUGCAUCAUCUCGGCAGGUCCCGUUUCAUGAUCACGGACAUACUGUCCGACAACGGGCGUAAUAACGGCGGCAGCGGCGGCGCGGGCUCGCCCGUGUCGCCGGCCUCGUCCACGGACGGCCCGCGCGACCUGUCGCUACACGGCCGCGCGUCUUCCGGCAGCAACGGAGCCGGGCCCGCGGGCGGCAUGGGACACCAUCAUCACCAUCACGCCGCCGACUCCGAUCUGAGCGACGAUCACGAAAGCGGCACCGACAGCGGGCUUCCGGGCGACAAUUCGUCCGUGUGCUCGAACGGUAAGUCCCGGUCCCUUAAUAUACAAUAAAUACGUAUUUUCAUACUGGCGUACAACAAUAUUAUUAUAAUAUCGUGCGAAACAUUUUCCUUUUUCUUUUUUACACUUUCCGCGGGGGAAACGGUUAAAUGACGUGAUUCGUAUACGUACCCAAAUCGGUUUAAAUACAGCUACGAUAAUAAUAUACAAACCGUAUAAAAGAUAAAAUAAAAACUAGAAUUUUCUGAAAAAAUGUGCAUAUCGCGAUUAAUUUCGUCUAAUCGAUUUCGUAUACAUUAACCUUUGAAAUAAAUGUAUGUAUAAAUGCAUAGGAAACCGUCAAAUCUCGCUGAUACAGCGGACAGUAUGUAGUGUCGUAAAUGCCCGACAAAAUCUUUUAUCACGUUUUGAAUAUGUAAAUGUGUGUAGAAAAUAAUAUCAUAUAUUAAAUCGCAUAUACCUACACGUCUUCCCUAAAAUUCUUUUCCGUGGCGGUUUAUUCCAUUUAGCGAAUUGUAUACAUGUAAAAAUAGAAAUGUAUAUAUUGUGUCGAUUGUUAAAUUUAAACUUCUCGUAACCGGAUUUUUACGUAGGAUAUCGUUUUUAAAAAUAUCAUUCAUUUCCGGUUUUUUCAUUGGUUUAUGUGUGUAUACAUACAUAUAUAUAUAUAUAUAUAUUAUGUUCGAUUUUCCGUCAAUGUAUUUGUUGCAUUAUUGCAGAUUCAUUAUUAGAAUAUUUUACCUAUAAUUAUAUAUAAAAUUCUCUAUAGAUUCUCAUUUUUCUUACGCCACUCAAACGAAACAGAAUAGCGUUUGGACGAAGGACGGAAGGUCUUCAAAAUCAUUAAAUAAUUAUUUAAAUAUAUUAUGCCAAUCGGUUUGGUCGACCGGUAUAAGCUCGUCAAGUAUAUAUUACGCGUUUUAAUUUGUAUUUAUUUUAUAAUUAAAAGAAUAUAAAUUUUCCGUAAUAUUCAUCACGCGUUGUCUGUGUUCGCUAUAUAUUAGAAAAAAAAAACCCCCAAUAAUUAAGGGGGGCUGCAUCGAUCGUGCAUUAUUAUUAUUUAUCGUGUCAAUUUCGUGUGUGUGCAUGGUCGACGUUAGAGUAGGAUAAGCAGGGCUUACGUCCGUGGCCUCGCGCCCAUAAAAAAAAAGGUAAUAAUUAAUUAGCAUAAUUAAUAAUAAGCGUAAAAUUGGAAAAAUGUUUUUUUAUAGAAAUGUAACGAUGGUUUUGGGAAAAAAACGUACACGUUACACGCGCGUUGUCUUGGCAAACAGUAUUUCCGGCGGUGGCCAAGUGUCGGGUAUUAUUACGAUCAUUAGGUGAAAGGAGUGGUAGGCUAAAAAAAAAAGUCAUGCAAAAAUAUAUAUACGUUACAUUUAUACAGCUACGAGUUUAAUGCGCUAUAAAAUCAUAAAAUAAAUACGUUUAAAAUUUAAGAUAAAUACGCCGUAUGUAUCGGCUAAAAAAAAAAUGCAUUUUCCUAGCCUCAAUUCACAACUCUAUUAAUGUAAUAUAUACACAUAUAUAUCAGUGGUAUAUUUACGGAUUAAUAUUAAUGAGAUACGUUCCCUCCCCCCCUUUUUUUUUUAUCUAGUGGGUAUAUCUAUUUAUUAUUUAUAUAAAACAUAUAUAUUCAAACUUUCAAAUUUCUUCACUUUUUAAUCAAAAAAAUUGACAAUCUUAAUUGUGUAUUUGGUAUCCAUAAUAUUAUAUUACAUUGAAUAAACCCGCGAACGUAUAUAUUUCAUCGUUUAAAACGAGACUUGUGCGAACCGGUAAAAUGUAUGAAUACACGUUAUAAUAUAGUAUUAACAGGGAUUAUCAUGUCUAUCAAUCUAAUAUGUCUAGGAUAGGCGCGUCUCGAUAGACGCCUAAACAGUAUAUAAUUACCCGAACCCCCGCGGUUAAUUGUUCGAUUCGAACGAUCAUUUUUGGGGCGGAUUAAAUACAAUUAAUUACUUAAGUAACUUUAGUGGUAUCAGUAAAAUCACUGUAGCAACACACGGGCUGUUAAAAACGCGCAAAACUGUUUUUUUCUUCUUUUUUUUUUUUUUUAGCCGAGGUUUACGCGUAUUAUACACAAUACGAACGCGAUUUGCGAAAUCCAAUAUCUGCAGCCCAUGUGUAUAAUCCUCUAUACGCCACUGAUAUAUAUAUUAUAGUUAGUAGGCAGGUAUACGCGUGUAUAUGUAUACAUAUCUAUAGAACUGCGACUAUGUAUGUAUAUGUAGGUACACUGUUUUGUCGUCCGACAAUGUGCGAUUUUCGUGACGUUUAAGCGAAAAAUUCGUUUCGCGCAUAGUAUAACAUACAUAUAUAUGUAUAGGUAUUUUUGUAGACACCUAUACAUAAUAUAUAAGAUAUGGCGUUAUUAUCGUGAAAAAGUCUUUAUAAGUAUUAUUAAAAUAAGUGUACAAUAAUAUAAGGUGUGCGCGCGCGCGUGGAUUUUAAUCCUCCGCCGGUGCGGAUAAAUCGAUACGGUCCCGGGCAUACGCAUGGGGCCGCCUCUAAUACAAAUUGUUAUUUUAUUAUAUUCGUGUAUACCGUAAUCACAAUAAUAAUAUCGUAUCGAUGAUAAUAUAAUAAUAAUAAUAAUAAUAUAAAGCGAUAACUGCGAUUUUGACGUUUGAAUCGGACCGCGUCGGAUUAACGCGCGCGUCGAGAGACCCUCGGCACAAAGGGCUCGCGUAAUCCGUAAGUACGCGGCUCGCACUCGAGAUUUCCGCCCUUGUGUAUAAUAUAUAUAUAUUAUCGUUACAAGCAUACCGUUCCGCGUUUUAAAACGAGUUUUUAUAUUAUUAUAUUUGUCGUGGUAGGGGGGGGGUUCUUUCCGUAUAAUGCUUAUUCCGCCGAUUCGGGAAUUUUUUUUUUUACGUUUCUAUACGACCUGCUUGUCUACAUUAUAUUGUAUAUCCUCCACGGAUAUAUAACGAAUUAAUCGUACGAUCCGUUCACCUUAUAUGACCGGGGGUGGGGGGGAAUGCUAGAAAAAUGGAAAAACGCGCGGAAUGAAAAUAGGUUUGCGCAUUUGAAGUAGAUACUUUUCGAUAAACGUUGCAGUUUUAGAUCACCCCCUCCCCCGUCCGGCUAAACGAAACGUACUUAGCAUUAACGUCCUAAAUCAUAAUAUUAUUGGGAGGUGACGAUGGACCCCGUCGGGCGCCGCAUUUCAACGGGACGAUCAGGCAAAAAACGCACAAAAAAUUUUUUUUUUUUACGAAAUACAAGUCGUAUUACCUCGUCCCUCAAUUUACGCAGUUAAAAUAGUGUGUUUUAGAGCACGAACCGUACGGCGGUACAAAGUGUACAAACGUGCGACGCGAAAUUGUUGUAAGAAAUAAAAGAAGAAGCAAAAGCGCGUUAUUACACGAAAGGGCGCCAGUAAAAAUGUAAAUACGUUUCCGCGUCCGGCCGAAUAUUUCCCGACUUUCGCGGCUCGUUUCGAGCGCUUUUCUCAAUACCACCGCCUGCCCGUCGAAAUACUUACGUUUUCUUUAUAAUAUUAUAAUCACUUUGCUUGUAUAUGUAUACAUUAUACGUACGUACCUCCGGCAAAUUAUUUUAUUAUAUUUUCACCCCUGCGGAAAAUUCGAUACGCCCGGAGGGUGGGAAUAACCGUUUUGUCGCGACAACGUGUACCUCGAUAAUACGAGUACGCGUUGCAACGCGCGAGUUUUAUGUUUUCUUCGGGUUUUUCUUUACCCGCCCCGCUUUUCAUCGCGGCCGAGCACGUUAUAUACACGCGACGUGACAUCGGUCACGACUUGUGCUCGGGCCGUAACUUUCUUUUCUUUUCUUUUUUUUUUCUGUUGAUCGUGUGGAAAUAUUAUGUAGCUCCGGAAAUUUCCCGGUACGUCUUUACGGUGGUCACCGAAUUUUAACACGCGUUUGCAACGGCCAAUCACCGCCCCUUACGUACACUAUAUCCAACAAACAUAUGGAUAACAAUAACACCCGUCAGCUGUAUCAGUGAUACAGCAUCAGUGAAUGCUGUAAUAGUAACGCAUAUUGUUUUCGUGUAUUAUGCUGUGUGCGUGUACUGCAGGCAUUGCAGUAUAGUUAUAUAUGUACACACACACAAACGGCCUCACUUGAUAUCGGCGGUUCAGGACCCGGAAAAUAACGCGGCCUCGGGUGAUGAUGACUCGGGCCCGUUUAUAUAACGCGUUAUCUGUUAUGCGACUAUUGUGCAAACUACAUAUUAUAUUAUUAUUGUAUUGAUUCGAAAUAAUGAACAUACAGUGACUCGCUCCGCACGAAACUCAAAGUAAAUACACAUCGUGUAUUGUACGAAUUUCGAGCUUAUAAUCUGAUAUUUUAGCAGUUUUUUCAAUUGUUAAAGUUUUUUUUUUCUUUUGGGAGUAUAAUAGGAUAUAUAUAUAUAGGUAGUAAUCAAUAAUUUGACUUUUUACGAACCUGAAAAUCCAGACCGACUGUCUGUACAGUUAUAAUAUUAUUAGGCUUAUUAAAGCAAUAAAAACAAGUCGAAAAACACAAACGAUUGUAACGGGGGAUGCUAUUGUUGUUAAUAUUAUAGGAACGAGACGUUUUUCCGUUGAGUUUUAUAUAAUAUACACUUGCCGCGUGGUCGUGUAUUUUCUAAAUAACAUUAUAAUCGAUCGAAUCCAAUUCAGGCCGUGUAUCGUUCCCGUGUGUGUAUUUGAACGGUCAUUUUUAUAAAAGCGUAUUACGUACAGGUAUAGUAUAGCAUGACGCGCGUCACGCGAUUUUCAAAAGGUUAAAAAAAACACAGAACACAAAACAAAAUAUAAAUAAAUAAAUAAUAAUAUAGUAGGUAGGUAUAUAACAAAAUGUCCGAAAUUACAUUUGUUGUUGUUAUAUUGCCUUUUAUUUUGACAACCGUUAAUAUGUCGUGCAGUACAUAUAAAAUCGUUUUUUUUUUUUGACGGAGGGAAGGGCGACUUUAAAACAUAUCGUUUAAAUUCGGCGCGCACACGAAACGGCUAAUAGCCAAUACGCGCAUCGUAUAUCUAUAUAUAUAUAUAUAUAUAUACUUAAUAAUGAAAAAAUAACAGAUAAAUAUCGCAUGUAAGUUAUAACCGAUUAUUGAACCGAUGCAAUUUGGUUUUCGAUUUAAUACAUAUAUAAAAAAAAAAAAGAAAAAAACCUAUUAUUAUAUUAUAGGUUUACAGGUACGUACGAAAUAAUAUAAUUAUAUACUAUUGCUACCGAGUACGAAGAAAUGAAAAAAAAAAAGGAUUCGUAUCGUAUAUAGCAUAAUAUUAUACAGAACGAUCCUCAUUUAUCACGAACCGGAGAUUUGUCUCGGACGAUUGAAUGGAAAAACAAAAAAAAAAACAAAAAAACAGAAAUCGAAUACGCUCGAAAUCCUCCCGCUAAAAUCGCCGUAUUUUCGUAACGAUACAAACGGAUCACCCUGUAUAGUACUAUAUAUACUUACGCGAUACCCGCGAGGUAUUGUAUAAACGUAAUUCAUUAUUAUACGCGCGAGGGUUUUCGGAAGGUGUAUUUUUGGCCCUCGAAUCGUUGCGGGUUAUAUUCGUUUUGACGUACCUACGUUAAAAGGUGUACGAGGGUUUUUUUUGCCCCUCCCCGAAACAACGUAAUAAUAAUAAUAAGCGUCCGUAUGUUAUACACCUCUUUAAACGUGUAAUGAAAAACCGUGGUAUAUAAUUUACUGGUUAUAGGUACGAAAACGAUUUCUGUAAUAUGUCCGUGAUGUGUGUCAGAGCGGUGCCCGCACUAUGAUGGUUCGCAGCGCCAACUAGUUUUUUGUUUUUUUUUUUUUACAAUCUAUUCGGAAAAAAAAUAGUACUUUACAGUAUACCGAAAUAUCACGGUGUAUACCGAGCGAUAUCAAGUUUACAAGUCAUAAACUCUCGCGACGUUUACACAAUCUCUCGAUUUUCGAGUCUGUUCGAGAGCGUUCGAAGUCUAAACGAUGAAAUCAUAUAGUUGCCGGCUCGGGGUUCUUAAAUUCCAUUAACGCGCGGUAUUCGGUAGAAAACAACAUUCCGGGGAGGCUCUAAUGCCGGGUUUUUAACGAUAAAAAUACACCCUGUAAUCGACCGAAAUUAAGCCGAUAAAACAAACGAUUUCUGAGUGGGGACGGUCAAAUGUCUGCGCCCCCGCAGUGGCUGUACGGAACUGACGGUUAUGGCCCGUCUCGUGUCGUCCGCCGAUUCCGUGUUAAUUAAACGGAACCGGAAAAAAACCGAAAAAAAAAACCGUUGUUGGCAACUAUACUAUCGUCACAAUAACAAUAAUAAUAAUAGUUUCGCUUUUCGCACGCGCGCAAUACGCUGCACGCGAACUGUACCGAAAUAAUAUUAUAAGGAACGAUUUAUGAUUGUUUUUUUUUUCGUAAAAUUUUUUACAUUUCAAAUCGCGCGUAAAAGUUAUCGCGCCAACGAGUUUUAUUAUAACGACUGUUUGCGUAAAAACAAAAAAAAAAAAAAAAAAACCGCAUACGAUAGUUUAUAUUCGAAACGAUCAUUACGCGGCCGCGCAUUAUAACAGCAGCAGACGCCUUUAUGCUCACGGAUAAUUUACGCCGGAGACCUCAUAAAUAUUAUCAUAAGUAUAUUACGACAACGACGACGACGACGACGACGACGAUAAUAAUAAUGAUAAUAAUAAUAGCUCGGGGUACGUCGUCUCCUGGCCCCGCGAUAAUUAACGCGUUUCCGUCCGCGUCUCCGAGACAGUUGUUUUUUUUUUUUUGUUCGUCUUCCACCUCCCGCGCGUCGCGUUUUUAUUCUUUCCGGAACGAGAAAUAGUCCACACCGUCUCCCCUACCCCCUCCCUCGCCCGCCGCCGUACAAUGAUAUAAUAAACACAUAUUUUCGGGGCGGGCAAAACGGGGGGGGGCAGGGGGACAGAGGGGGGGGAAGGCGCGACUUAUUUCAGCGCCGCGCGGCGACGGUAUUAUUUAUUUCCCGCGACCGCUAAUUGGCGCUAAUACACGCGACGACGGCCGUAAAUCGUCCUCUUCGCCGUCUCCUGCGUAUAAUAUACUCUCUCUCUCUCUCUCUCCCUCUCUCUCGUAUACAACAAUAUUAUUAUUAUCGCGUCCCCUCCCCUGCGCACCACCCCACCCUCCCCCAUCUACCCCGUUCCCUGUCGUCUGUACGGCAGACGGCGAGCGCGGUGUCUAAUAAUUCGUGUCGAGGUAUACGCGUAAUAUACGGUUUCGGGAACCGGGCCAAAAACCGUGCGGAACCGCUACAGUAUAAUACUCGUCGAAAAUUUAGAUUUUUCAGACCGAUUAUCUCGCCCCUCGAUGCUGUAUGUUACGCGUUUUACGAUUAGAGAGAAUCGGCCGGAAUAUCGGCAAACUCGAAGGUAAAAAAAAAAUAAAGGAAAACAACAAAUAUCCGCGUUUGUAUACUUCGGUUUUUUAGAUUAUAUUAUCUUUACGAACCGUGAUGAUAUUUCGCGGGCUUCAUUUGAAGAUUUAAGAACGAAAAAAACGAGCCGAUACUGCGGCGGACUGGUGUGCCCCGCGGUUAUCGCAUGCGUGAAACAAUAGAAUGUGAUUUGUAUAACUACGUAUAUUAUAAGCAACGAUAAACCUUUGACGGAAAACGAUUAUCAGCAGAGUCUGAUCGGGCGUGUCUUGAAAGGCAACAUAUCGGGCAUUUAAAAUAAGGUAUUUUUGGUAAAAUACGAAAAACAUUAUAAAAACACAGACGAUAUAUUGUGUUUACCUUUGAGUUUUACAAUAAUAGGCCGAUUCGCGUUGUGUAAUAUUAACAAUAAUAACAUUUAAUGCCACUGCCCUCUCCCCCACCAGAAAAAUUGUACGGAUUCGACACUGAGCCAAAUAGAACGUUAUUAGUAUAUUAUCAUAUGGCGGGUACCGUAUGAUCUGUAUUCCAAAAGAUUACUGCGAACCUAAAAACCGAAAAAAGCAUUUCGAACCGGAUGAACCGUUUUGAAUAACUUUGUAUACGUGUUACGGGAAAUGCGGUUCUGCCCCGGCCGUUGUGAACCGCGAACGAAACGAUUUAUUCGAACGCGAAACGGUAUGGUAAUGAUACGUUUGCCGGUAUGUAUGUUUUUGCGUUUUAUUACGUGCUAAUUAUAAUGUUAUUUAAAAGGAAAAAAUUAAAUUAAAUUAAUCGCAUUUGUUUCGAUACGUUUUUAAUUCAUUUUAAUUACCUACGUAUAUGUAAAAUUACGUACAUUGUUUUCUUUUUUUUUUUUUUAAAUAUUACUCAUUUUACCUAUUUAUUCGUAUUAUAGGUACCGCGGUGUAUUACUAUACAUAUAUUAUAACACUUUGAAUGUUGCAUAAUCUUCCUGUUUUUUUUUUUUUUUUUUACACUCGAAUUGUUUUGUUUUUGCAAAGGCAUUGUAUACAAUUGCGACGGUCGUAUCCUUGUCUUCUUAUAGGUUUGAGAAUUUUAUUGUUUUUUUUCAUUAAAAUUUAAAAAAAAAUUCCUUCUAUAAUAAUUUUCACAUAAUAAAAUGAAUCGUGUAAAUAAGUUACGUAUUUUAAACACAUAAUAAUAAUUCACACAUUUCGUGUGAACAUAAAUUGAUUUUCUUGCGGUUUGCAUUGCCCCGGCAGAAUCGCAACGUCCGUAACACGUAUACGUGCACAAUAUACGGUCAUCGGCGAUGUUCUCCGAUCUUGAAUCCCGUAUCCGCCCGAGAAAAACCGUGGCUAUAAAAACGGAUCGAAACUUUUUGCUAAAAUCAAUGAUACUGUCUGUGUAUCAAAGAGAUGUAUAAAGAGUAUAUUUUUCCCUAGAGGAUCGACUUCCAAACAAAAAAGUAUAAUUGUAAAUUACCCGAUAGAGAAUAGUACGCAAUUAAUAGUAUACACAUAUACACACGUACGAAAUAAUAUAACUAAAACGUAAUACAAUUAUUACUUGAUAAGUUUACAAAAAAAUAGAGAUAAUAUAUUACGAUAAAAACGAUCUGCGAUUGAUAUUUGUCUACUAAUUACGUAAACAUAAAUUCCAACAGAAUGGAGACCGACGUUUAAAUCGUCCAUCGAUCGAACGUUUGGCCCAUCACUGCUGUGUACUAUGCACCGUACGAGGUGGAUUCGUUGUGGCCCCUUGGCGAGGAGCUGGCCGUCACGUCUUCGGGUCCCGGAGUAAAACAAGCGGACCGAAGUCGAUUCCGCGUCGUAGUUUUCGCGUACUGUGCAAGCGCGCACAUCGAACACGGAACGCGCGUCGCGCGACUCGUGUGCCGUUCUCUCGUGUCGGCAAUCGCGCACGCUACGAAGGAAGAAGAAAAAAAAAAAAAAAAACGCCGGAAAAAUUGGUUCGAGCCCUUCCCGCAGCGAGAUGCGGAAGGCCGCGCGGCUCCCGUCCGGGAUUUUCCGCUACGGCAUUGUAAUAUUAUUUUAACAUCCGUCGAUAUUAUUCGACGGCGACGACGAAUAUUGUAAACGAGUCGGAAAACGUUCCGACAAUCGAUUCACCCGCGCGGGUCCCGUCACGCCACCGUCGAGUACCUUAUACGUUAUAAUAUCGUAAAUAUAUUAUGUACCGUGUUAUAAUGGUUAAUGUUUCAUUAUACACGUCUCCGCGCCGCCGUCGAUAGCACCGAUAAUCACUUUUUAACGGAGGUCUGAAUGGAUUUUUUCGAUACUAUAGCCGUCGCGCAACGACAUCGUUUUAUUAUUAUUAUUAUUGUUAUUAUUAUUAUUAUUAUUAUUAUUAUUAGGAGGUAUAGGAGGUACGAGAACCGAUACGCGGGUAUCGUCAAGGUUACAGCGUACGCUCCGUCGUUCCCGGCGCGAGAUUAUUGUCAACCGGUCGUCGAUUAAAUCGACGGCGGACAAAAUAUUACAAUCGUUUAUUAUGUAACGUAUGCCCGCUACAAAACGAUUUUUUAUUAUCACUAUUUAUUUUUUGUUUUCGUUUUUUUUUUUUUUUUUUUCAUUUAUUUAUACGCGGAAAUAACGCGGACGGGCACGGCGUGGAGUGCAGUGCGCAACACACGGAACACUCGCGGUCUAACGUACAGAAAACGUCCACGAGAUAUUUGAUAAUUUUCUGCUAUACGAUUACCGUGUUACGCGUUUAGUGCGUAGGAAAUUGUCGACAAUACUCUGCGGAUACAACCCUGUAUACGUAUAUCGUGUUCCGAACCGCGUUUUCCUCGCGUGACAUUUUACCACCUUUAUACGUAUACGAGGCCACAAAUUUAACGCGCGUUCACUAUUUACACCGGUGGACACUUUGAGCGCGGGAGUUUCUCGGAUUACAUUGAGCUUUUAAAAGUUUCAUGUCGCGUCUGACGUAGCGCAGACGUGUUUUGUUGUCGACGUCGGCUUAUGGUUAUUGGAGACACCGCCCGUCUAACGAGAAAAAACAAACAUCGAAUUGUAAACGUAUUAGGUAUAUGAUAGGGCCCUAUAUUGAAUUCGGACUUCCUCGACCCAAAGUCUAUUGCAAUGUAUAGGAGUUUUUUUUUUAUUAUUAUUAUUAUUACAGCGAGGGACAAAAAUUGUAUAGGAGGAAAAGUUAGGGAAAAAAAAAAAUAAAAAAACAGUUACUAUUUUAUUAAACCGCCGCCUAGUCUAGAUAACGCAUACCCAAUAAUGGCAACGGGGUGUUUAUUAAAAUUUUCUCAUUGAAUUUUUAAUAACCGCGGUAAAAACUAUUCGUCCGUACGCCGCGCGCAUAUAAAGUAAAAAUAUAUACACCUACGCAUUAUCGUCCUCGAUACUCGUGUAUACCCGUGCAGGUGUAUUAUAGUAAUUAUAACGUUACAUACUUUAUACGAGCGCAUUUUACCGAACCCGUCGCGCGUACGAGUGCACGCGUAUAAAAACCGCGGCAAAGUUGACCUUUUUUGUUUUGAGUUUCAAGAGUCGGUGCGUGCAAUGCCGCGACAAAAAUAAAAAUAUACGCAUUAUAUUGUACGCACUGUUAUUCUACAGAACGGCCGGAAAGUCAAUUUUCCCGUUGUUCUGUUGAUCAACAGCGGUUGACGGUGAUAACAUUUUUACAGAUUUGUGCAGUCACGCAGUCAGUUCAGUCAGUAAACACGUUCUGGUAGCGAUAGCAAACAAACGGCGCUAUCUCGACAAUGUCCGUUUUUUUUUCGCGUUUAUGAAAAGGAAAAAAAAAUCGAUUUUUCACUAUACACACAUAGUUUCCGUCGCCGACGGAACCCGAGAUUUUUCCCGAACGAUUUCGCCUUUGCGGCCGUUCUAUUGUGUUGUAGCGCGCAGUCGUGAAAAAGAGCGGCGCAUUUUAAACGCGAUUGUUCGCCGCUACGUCGCGUUUCGAAAAACGGCGUUUUGCCGGUUUUCGACGUUAUUUUCGCGGGCGCCGCUCAUUUCUGGCCGUCGAUAAAUAUCACGCGCGACGGAGUCGUUUUUCUUCCAAGCUCUCUCGACUCGUUACCGUCGCCCCCGGUUCCCAGGACCCUCCCCCUCCUCCCUGGCGGACGGGUUAGGUUUUAUAAACCCCCGCGGAAUAAUACGUCGCGUUACCGCGGCACCAUCUCGCUCGUCGGCCAAUAACCGGCGCGCGCGCGCAAAUAAUAUACCGCGCGUAACCACUCGGUUUUGUGACCCCGGCGGCGGCGGCGGCGGGGCGCGAGUUUCGCUUAGGGGGUAAAAAUCUAUUAUUAAUAAACGUUGUUCCGCGUAUAUAAACGGCGACUACCUAUAUAAUAAAUACGCAUAAGUAUACGCGGCCGCGUGUAUAUACGUAUACGUCGCACACACCUUCACAAUACGAACGGCACGCAAAGUUCUUGGCAACCGAGCCGUUUUGCUGUAUAAACAACACCCUUACGGGGGAAAAAAAAAAAAAUAAAAUAAUAAAUAAUAAUAAUAAUAUAAUAACGUUGUGUUUAUAUGAUUUUAUAUAUUAUAUUAUGUAUAGGUACUAAUAAUAAUAAGCGGGCCGGGCCCUUCUCUCUCUCUCCGUCGCCGUCGCCCGUACGUCCCGCCGACCGGCGGCGUUGGAAAUCGACCCUUUACGCGUAUAUAAUAUCGUACCCGUAUACAUAUAUAUAUACCCUGCCCGUUAUAUUAUUAUAUUAUUACCCUUUAUAUGUUUUAAUGGGCGCCGCGUUUUCUGUCGACCGCUUCGCGCAAACUAUACCGCGGCGAGUUGCACGCCAUCAUAUCGCGCGCGCUCGCACACACACACACACACACACACACACACACAUACACACACACACGCGCGCGCGCGCGCGAGCCGCGUGGAAAUUCGUGCGCGUAAUAAUACGAAAACAACCGACAACACGUCGCGGACACAGUAUUAUACACGGCCCUCUUGCGGCGCGCGUGUACGGUUUCUCGUUAACGUGCGCGCGGCUUUUUCGGGAUCCCCGGCCUCGCGUCGCGGUACAACGCGAGCAGCGGUGCCCGCCGCGGGAAACGCGUAUCGGUCCCGCGCGGACGGGCAUACGGGUGUGCACAGUGACGAAACGUCGGAAAUCCGCGGGGACCGGGCGUCUUCCCGCAUUAGGGCCCGGCCCGCGGGGUAGGCGAUACGGGGCGGCAAAACUUACGUUCGCCCGGGCGCGUUAGUGUGCGAGCGGGGGCCCGUCGGCGUUGUACCAACGCGAUUCCGUUACGCGACCGUUUAAACGAUAACGUUGCAAAUAAUGUUAAACGCGUUUGGUUCGCGAUUAACGUACGCGCGGCCGUUCGGUAGCGAUACAAUUUGGUUUACGGCCGAGUGUGCGUGUGCGUACACGUAAUACACACUGUACGUAUACCGCGUUGGUGUGUACCGACGACGACGCACAGUCGGGUCCAUUAGCGUUUUAUAAACGGGUUGGGCGGAGACUUUGGAAAUUACACAUAAUAUAUAUAUAUAUAUAUAUAAAUAGGGUAUAUAGCGUAGUCGAGCACCAUUAAAUUGAUAUAUCUACACGCGAGUCGGUACGCGCUGACGGCGGCGCGGUAGGGUAUACCGCAUGGGUGUGCGCGGUGUGAGAUUGCCGCGGCAAAGAGCUGCUGCAGAAAGGGUGUGCGCGCGCGCGCGCGUGCAAUAACGAUACGGUCGGCCGGGAGGAGUGUUUGUGAAGGGGAUGGGGGGAAGGGGGAGGGGGCGAAAAGCCACGUCGUCGACGCCGCGGCGGUGCGGUCGCGAGGCGCGGGAAAACAAGAGCGAGCCGCCCGCCAAAGACCCGGCGGCCCGUAUAUUAGCGACAGAAGGGCGGCGGCGGACCACUUAAGCCCCGGCACUCGGGCGCACCGCGGCUCAUUGGCUUUCGCCCGGCUCCCGCCUCACCGUCCCGCCCGACAGAUUUCUUUCUCUCUCGCGUAUUAUUAUUAUUCCCAUUUUACUCCAAUUACCGCCGCCCCGCCGCGUAACAAUCGCGCCUCACGCCACCCCUCUCGCGUCGACGGCAGCUAUCCGUGUAGCAGCCAUUGUACGGGUGCGCGCGCGCGCCCGCAACAAACACCCUGUAUAACGAUAUUAUUUUUUACACGCGCGUUUGUAUUGUAAUGGGGAGGUGUUGCGCCGCAAUUCUUUUUUGUUUUGUUUUUUUUCCCCUCCGAUGUAAAUCGACGGACGAAAUUAUCAUAAUAUUAUUACGCUAUUACGCUAUUUGACGGGUUACUCGGUGCACCCGGCCGCGGGAACGGGUUGCGAUAACAACGAAAUCCCCCCGCUGUCCGCGUAUGCUCGAUAUUUAAUGCGUUACGACGGCUCGUCCGUCCCCGUGUGAAAAUUGGCGGUUUUUUUUUUUUGCGUUUUUUGUCCCCGGUCCGAUUUGUUUGGUAAAAGAGACGGCACGGAGCUUGACUCUUAGGCAUUCGCGAAAACGUUGAAAUUACAUUACGAUACGACGGUUAAAGCACGUCCAUAUAAGUUCGCCGGACUCCCCGCAGUGUAGUUUUUACCGUACGUACAGUGUAAUUAAACGAUGACGGUUUUUAUUAUUCUCCCGCGGAAAACAAUAAUAUUAUCGAUCGCUAAAAAAAAAAAAAAAAAACGAUACCUCGUAAAACGCGGAUUUUUCGCCGUACUUUAUUCGAUAGCGAUUUUUUUCAUUUAAAAAUACCGACGAAAAUACGCGCGUUAUAAACAGAUACGUCCUGUACAACAAAACCUGUGGGUACGCGAUUGAGAACGAGAAACAGAGUUCCGAAAAACGUCGCGUACGGACGACGGAAUCAUCGGUUGUACAACGUCGCGCGCGCGCAGUGUGUAACGCACUGCGGUUGUCGUGAUGCCGAAAAAGCGCGAUGGUUUUUUUUUUUUUUUUUCUUUUCCACAUUAACACGAGCAUUUAGUAGAAUUUCCCCGUGUACAAAUAAUAUCAUACCCGUCGCCCCCGCUCCCACGCACAUGCCGUUUACACGCGGGCCGUUUUGUGCGAUUUUUAUCGCCGUUUUUUUUCCGCCGGAGCUGCGCCACGCUAAUGACCGCGGCCGUUAUUUCGCGUGCGGACAUGCGUGUCCGCGAUAUUAUCACGUGAUACAGUCGUUCGAGCCGCCGAGCUAUUAAGCUUUAAAUCGCGUUUCGGGGUGGUGUUUUUUUAUUUUUUUUUUUUUUCCGUACAAUAUUAUUGCGCGCUUAUUAUAAAUAUACGCGUUGUGGAUUUUUUUUUUUACUAAUAAUUCGUAUUAUACGCGGGUGUAAUAACGAGUUAAAUAAUAAUAAUAAAAAAAUAAAAUAAUACUAAUAAUAAUAAAACCUUAAAUGUCCGACACAAACUAGACGCAGGAUAUAAUACACGCGCGGAACUGCGCGAAGACUUUAUCGUUUCGUUUAUAAUAUUAUAUAUAAUGCGCAUACCUACGACCGACACGUUAUUUUAAUUGGACCGUAUGAGAUCAAAGAGGAAAUUCGCUAAAACGAUUAGCGAGUACAUAUUAUAUUAUUACGUGUAGGCGCGUAAACGCGGAAAUUUACCGCGUACUCUUUUAUUACAAAUCGUAAAAUUCUGUCUCGAAAACGCGCCGUAAUUUCAAUACGAAUUGAUCGCGGCCAAAUGUAAUACGAGUUUGAAAAGUGUAGUCGCCCGCUGCGUGCUCGGCACUCGUGACAAAUCGAAAUAAACGAAACGAUAAGCGCUUGGAAACGUUUAAAAAAAAAAAAAAAAACCCGUUACGGCCUUGCGGCAUUAAGCACUAAACAUUUUUUUCGAAAACUAAUAAGAUGUACUUUUACGUAUUUCCCAUAAACUCUGGAGACAAUCAAAAAAACGUACUUUUGAAUUUCGCAUUUAAACCCGUAACGCGACAUACAUUUCCGUUGCGCACUAUUCUAUAGAUUCGAUAGUGUAGUAAUUAAUUAUGACGCUACAAGUCCCCGGGAUCAUCGCGUCACAUUUGUCUCGUAUACGUGUGUUUUAAUAGCUAUGUUAAAUCGCCAAACCCAACGGAAUCCUGCGAUGUUUUCAUUGUUAAUACCGUAUCGGGUUUUUCGUUUGCACAGGUCACAGAGACGACGACGGCCGGAAUUCCGGUUCGAACCUGAGCAAGAAACAGAGGAAAGCGCGGACGGCGUUCACGGACCACCAGCUGCAGACGCUGGAGAAGAGCUUCGAGAGGCAAAAGUAUCUGAGCGUCCAGGACCGCAUGGAGUUGGCGGCCAAGCUCAACCUGUCCGACACCCAAGUCAAGACCUGGUACCAGAACAGAAGGUGAGUCUCGUUUUUAUCACGAUAUCGCGUGCACCCGUGUACACACACGAAUCGUGUGUGCACGGUCGCGUCUGUACGCGUUGCGUUCUCGGACGCCGCGCGUAACUAUUGUUGUUGUUGGUAGUGAAAUUUCGAAAACGAAAUCCUACAGACGAGUAGUGCGGACGCAUCGAUACAUUUUUACAUUGUUCGGGGGGUUACGGAACGAAGAUGAUUUCUAACCGGUGAAACACGCCGCGCGCUAUACAACAGGAGGUGACCGGUCAUCGCCGGACAUACCCGCGGUUCUCGCGCUCGGCCCUUCGUGUUGUGUGCUUGAUGUACGCGGCGAUAAACGUCCCCCCUCCCCCCCCGAUGAUGUCGACAUUUUCGUACAGAAGCGGACGCGAGUUUCCGCGCGCGCCGAAAAAAUCGCGUAAUAAUCGUCCGCGAAACGGUGGGGGAGGGGGUGGCUGCGCGUCGCGAGUGUCGUAACGGCCGUUAAAUACGUACGUGGAAGGCGUUUUUUUUUUUUUUUUGGGGGAAAAACAUUGUUUAAAAUCUGUUAUUAUAUAAAUUUAUGUGUAGGUUGGCACCCCGUGAGACGCGAGGUGCGUAAAACGCCCGCAUGUUUUCGGCCGCUCGCGAUACCAUACACAACGUACCCGGUAUAAAACACUAACGAACGCGAAUAACCCGCGGCCGCCUCGUAAUAAUUGCGACAAAAAAACAAAAAUACGAAAACGAAUAAAUAAAACCUAGUUCUGUUUAUGUUUCGUAAAAUAUACGCACGCGUAUUGUAUACAUUGUUAUUAUACUGUUGUUAUACUGGGUAUGCGGCUAUUAUUAUACGGUUUUUAUUUUUUAUCGCCCCUCCCCGGCCCUCCACAGUGUAUAACGGCUCCGGGGAGCAUAAAUAAAUAAUAACGACGGCGGCGAUAGUAAAGAUACCGAGGCCGGGGGGUGUUUGGGAAAGGGGUCCGGAGUCAAAUACGUAUAAACGUAUACGUAUAUUUGUAGGGAGUAUCGAAGGGGUAGACGAUUUUGCGGUUACGGUAGGUAUACGCGAUACCACGGGGGGUUAUCCUGUUCUCAAACAUGGCGCGGACGUGUAUAGUCGUUUCGCUGCCGUAAUGACACGGGGGGAUCGCGGACCGAUUUUCAAAAACCGCUUCCCUUUUUUUCCCCCUCUACACUCGGUGCGGUCCCGAGAUUCCCGGGCGACACGUCCAGUACGGUAUCGUUUGAACCAUCGCUCGCGGUCGUCCUUCAAUCGAACCGAGAACGUCGAUAUAUCAAUUUAAACGUUUUAAAAAAAAAAACAGGCAGAUGUAAUUAAAACACGGAUUUUUUGUCCGGGAUCGCGAAAGUAUCAUUUUAUAAGUCGGCAACGUCUCUUAGAAAUGCUAUGCGAAUAUUUCAGAAAUACCAUUUUCCGCGACAGUAACUUUUAACGCUGCAGUAUUUCAAAAUGUAGUUUUAAUAAGUAAUCGUGUUCCUUAAAAAAAAAAAAAAAUAAUAAUAAUACUUAAUUUUUUCUCGGAAAACACUAUUCCGCCCGGUGAAAAUGCUCCGAUUUGUUCACGCCGUACUGCAGUCAAUUACGGCUCAUUUUCGGGCCAUUUAUGGAUUUCGAACGUUUUCUCGAAAUUCCCGAAGGUUCGAAUAUUUCCUUGCGUAACGUGCGUCACCCGUGCAUCGUCAUACGUGACGUGUGCAUUUUCCUCGAGCCGCCCGAACGCAAUAACCUUAGAUUUUUGUUUUUAUCGCGUAUUGUUCCCGAAAUACUGUUGCUGCGAUGUAUUCGAAUACAUAUAUUAUGACUAAACACCGGAGUUGUAUGCUCUUAUGUCCGCAAAAUAGCACUCGAAAAACAUUUAUAUGGGUUUAAAAGAAAUCCUCCCUCCCCGUCUAACGGAUUUCACUUAUAAAAUAAAAUUGCCCGACACUACAAAACCGGUUAGUAAAAAGUUAUUAUUUUUUUUUACAAUACGUGCGAUUUUAUUAAAAAAAAAUUAUUUUCAUAGACUCAGGAAAUUUAAUUUGAUAAGUUAAGAGUCACAUUGGCGGAGAGACUUAAACUCCUCCGUCUUUUUUGCUUUUGCCAAAUAUUUUUAUUUUUCGUGCGUUUUUCAAUGAUUUUUCGACGUUUCCGAGUGCUUCUUUGUAGAUUUCAAGAGCGUAUAGAUCCGGUCUCCGAUCAUAGCGCAUACUGUUUUUCGUGCGUUUUCGGAAUAGUCGAAAAAUAUUCUACCCGGGUCCGUAUCCAGGUUUUACCACGGUGCGUGCGGUCGGUUUGUGGGAAUAUUGUGUCCAUCCGCGUGCCAGUCGAUUCGGAUUUUUUCGCGAAAAGAUUCAUACGCACGAGUAUAGUAAACGUUACGGGGGUUUUCGGUUUUUUUAAUCCGCGGCAAAGUAUCGGGGUUUUUCCGUUUUCCAUUUCCGUUUCCGGCAUAACGAAAUCGGAAUCACGAUGUUGUAUUUGUUUGCCGCCGCCGCCGCGAAUAACAAACGAAAACCGUACGUGUCAACAAAAUAACAAUAACGAUUACGACGCGAGCAGCAGUUGUGCGCUGCGCUGUAAUGGCCCCGCGCGACAACGUGCCGCCCGUAACGACAAUAAUUGUUGUGCCGAACGCGAUUCGCCGUUAAACCGCGGACGUCGGGCCGGAUUGUGCGAUUAACGACGAUUUGCCGGAGAUCCCCGAAAACGGAAUCCGGCGGACCGUGUAAAAACCCGGCCGUAAUUGCACGUGUAGGCGCGACCGCGCGGUGUCUGGUUGUGUAAAUAUGCGCGCGGGGGGACCGCCGCGGUCGUUUGUCGCCCGUUUCGCACGCGUUAUACACGCGCAAUAAAACGCGCGUCGCCACUCGGAGAAACCGGCCGCUCGUCGCCGCGGGGCGCGCGGCGAGACGCGCCCGGACAAAAGGCCCGCGGUAAUACACCGUGCGCGGCAACACACGGAACGCCGCCGCCGACGAAUAUUGUGCGCGUCGUCAAUACCGUUGCCCGCGGGUAUUCCGUACGGGAACGUCAAGACGCUAAUAUUCCGCAAGCCGCGCGUAAAUAACGCGUCGCGGCCGGAGUGCGAUAAUGCGAAGAAAGGGCGGAAAAAAAAAAAAAAAACGAAAACGAAAAGAACUCCCCGCGUACGUACGCGCGUAUCGUCAUUGUUGUCGUACCUGCCGAUAAUAAUACUAUAAAAACGAUCAUUUGGAGUGUGAAAAAUCGCGGCUUGUCCGUCGCGACAAACGCGGCGGCGCGCGGGGAUAAUGGGACGCGGUAUUUAUUGUUGUUAUUAUUAUUAUUGUUAUUGCCCGUGUCGUCGUUAUCAUAACCGCGUGUUUAUGUGUAUGUACACGGAACGACUGCGCACCGAAAAGGACGAGCACGCACGCGAAACCUUUGUGACACAAUGGCGCGCGCGGUUAACCGGUGCCGAUUCCGGCGCGUCAUUCGCAUCGGGCGCUGAAAACGAUCCGAUAAUUUAUCGUCUCCGCGGCGCAUCAGCUGCUCCGGCGACGAUCGCUGCACACGCACGCGCGCCGGAACGAUCCGCCGGGGCAAAGGAUCGGGCGGCUCGGGACGACGCGACAGCGCGAUUCCGCGGCGGUUUUUCUAUUUCUCUUCGCCCGCCCCUGCGAACGUUCGGGCGUACGCGUUCUACAGGCGGGCACACUGCUGCAGGGCGCCCGGGACCGUUGGUUUUAUCUCGUUUGCUCGUAUUGUUUUUGUGAAAUUUCGCGCGACCCUGUACACACAUGGAAAACGCUCGAAAUUCAACAAUUCCGUCUCGCGACAACGUUAAACAACCAUGUCCCUAUGACACCUGAUCGGUUACCACCCGUUUCAAAAGUCGGUGUCCGCGAACGUUAUUUUCCCUUGGCGCUCACACGCUUUGCGAAUAUCGCAAAAUAACUUAUCGCGGCCGUGUGCCCCGUCCGUACACCCGCCCGGCGAAUCAUGAAGUUUUCGGACGUAGGCACCCGCGGUCGUUUCGACGGGCGAUUUUUUUUUUUUUUAACGGUAACGUUUGGUUUUUCGCGCGGAAAUCGUCGUCGGCGAGGAAAAAACUCGGUUGGCUCGGGUCUUAUGGUUGCGCGCCGUCGCGACGCGUUUUCACGGCCGAAACGGCCGUUUGAUUUACCGCGGGUCCCGGCCGAUUUACGUACUACUAUUGCGGCGAGACGUCGUCGCGACCGCCGCGGGACGGCCCGGCACGACUAAAUCAAACUGAUGUUAAAAUUAGUGCGGCCGACCCGCGUAUUUAUUGUCCCGUUAACGCCGUCGCGGUACAUUGCCGCGUUGUCGUUAUUAUUGGCGGCGUUUCGGCGCACAAACGGCCGCGUUCGAAAAACUGCGUUUGCGCCUUUGUUGGCACACGCGACCGCGCCGGAAUUAGAACGGUGCCGUUUCAAUAUUACGUCACGCGGCGGUCCGGUCCGGGGUGCGCGACGUUAUCCUCGUUGUUAAAAAGCGUCGUGCGCUAACCGCUCCGCUCGGUAGAAAAAAAAAAUAGCGUUUUAAUGCCUAUAACGCGGAUCGUUGGAGGAGGCGCAAGGAAAAGAGGCACGGGUCCGCGGUCCACAUUUCGAGGGGCCGUCGCGUUAGGACGCGAUAAAAUAGCGAGGGUUUUUUUUUUCAAUCAAAUUCAUAACUCGGAUCUCCCCCCCAGGUAAUGUCGUAUUCGUUAUGGUCGCAUACGGUCUUCGGUCCUAUCCUACGCACAGUGUUCGAUUCAUCUCGGAGGUGUUUUGUCGCGGGCGACGUUUCGUUAUGUCGCGAAAAAACCGAAAUCGCCGUUCGAAAAAUCGACGCCGGUCGAGACGGUCCGCCGCCGCGCGACACGCGAGACGGAAUUCGUCGCGGGCGUAGAAAAAUGUCGAAGGAAAAAAAAAAAAUACCCGACCUAACCGCGGCGAAAGACGUACGGAUUAUGUUCGGUUUUCGGUAUUUUAAUUGACACGUCGGCGUCCGUCUCCGCGAACGAUGAAGACGUUAUUGAAAACGUCGUGAUGCGCGAAAAAAAACCCGCCGCGUUAUUAUCCAAUCGCGACGAACGCGACGGCGGUAUGAGACAAUAAUCGAAAAAUCCGACGUCGGGAAAAAAAAAAUCUCGAGGGUGUACGCCGUCGUACGGAAGGAGUAAAAAAAAAAAAAACACCGAAUCUCCGACCGGAUCGUUCCGCGAUCGUGUCGGCGGCGUGCGUGCCGCGCGCGCACGCAAUACAUAACAUUACACCGACGCGCAAAGUAAUGAAUACGAACAAAAAACCCGAUGUUUUUUCGAAAUAAAAAAAAAAAUACUGCCGGCCGUGUUGUGUACCGCGGUUUAGGUACGGUCCGUAUACCGGCCAGUCAUCGCGCGCGCGUCGCAUGUGACGGAAUACCGGAGAAUUUCUGUGUGUUUUUCCACGGGUCGUCCGGGUCACGUUCGGCACUAAUACGCGGAGCCCCGUGUCCGCGGCCGUCCAUUGUGCUCCGGGCGGACGACAAUAAUAAUAACAAUAAUAAUAGUCGGCUCGUGCUCUCCGGCGAACAGAGAAAAAAAAAUAUAUAAUAAAAAUAUACGGAAAAAAAAAAACACCGACGGUACGGGCCGCAGAGAGAGAAAAUCAGAGUCUUUUCGUCGCGCGCGCGCGCUCGGGUUUUUCUCGCGUGUAUUAUUAAAUUUUUCCGGGGAGGGGGAGAGAGGGACAAGACGAACGGUGGGGGGGACUACUCGUCUCGCCGCCGACGCCCGCAGAAGUCGUCCGGUCGACGUUCGUCUUCUCGUUCGAUAGUCAGUAAAAAAAAAAAAAAGAAAAAAAAUACUAAUAAAAUACGAGCGACGCCGCCCGGCAUCGUCGCACAAAACUCAUGUAACGAAUCGAUCGUGUCGGCCGUUAUACACACGUAGUUAUUAUUACGAUACCGUAUAUAUUACGUAUAUUAUUAUCGUUGUUGACGUUUUAAUCGAUGUCCGCCGCGCGCGCGGGGGCAGGCGAGGCGAUUUUCAAUAGGAAAAAUUUAAUGAGAAAAAAAAUCUUCCACGUCGUAUGAAACGCGAUGACUCCGCGCGUCGUCUCGAGAUUUUACAAUGACUGGUCGGGGUUUUUUUUUUCCCCCCCGUUUGUCGCCGAUACACAAUAUAUUAUGUCAUGUACCGUUUUUUUUUACGCGCUACGACAUCGCUGCGUGCGUGUAAAAACCAGGUAUAAACCGUCCGCUAACCAGGUGUGUUUGGUUUGUUUUUUCCGCGCAGGACUAAGUGGAAACGACAGACGGCAGUGGGCCUGGAACUGUUGGCCGAGGCGGGCAACUACGCGGCGUUCCAGCGACUGUACGGCGGGCCGCCGUACGGCUGUUGGCCGUACCCGGCGGGCGCAGCGGCCGCCGCGGCGGCCGCAGGCGGCGGGGCGGGCGGCGUCUCCAGCUCGGGCGGCGCCCCGUCCGCCGCGGACUUGUACUACCGGCAGGCUGCCGUGGCCGCGGCCGCCGUGUCCACGCUGCAAAAGCCGCUGGCCUACAGACUGUACCCCGGCAUGGCCGGCGGGCCCGGAUCCGCGGGCGCCGGCGCGUCCGGCCACCAUCACCACCACAUACCGCCGCCGCCGCCGCUCGCCCAUCCGCUGUACUACGGCGGCGUGCACCACCCGGCCGCGAUGCCGCCCAUGCCGUCCGGCGGCCGCAGCCCGACGCCCGAGCCGCCGCGCUCGUCGCGGGACUCGCCCAGGUCGACGGUGGACAGCCGGCCCGGUUCGGUGGACGUCGAGGACGACGGGUCCGAUUCGCCCAACGUGGACGUCUAAUGCGAUGCGCGUGCCCAUCACCAUCACCGCCAUCACUACCACCACCACCACCACCAUCACCGUCAUCACGAGUGUCGUCGUCCCGGCAAACCGCUACCGCCUACCCGCGGGACGGUAAUGAUUAUAUACAAACGAGACGCGAACUUAAAAAACACCCUUCCCCAUCCUUCCCCAUUACACACGCAUAUACACACCCACCUAGUCGUCGUUUACUCCUUAUUAUUAUUAUUAUUAUUAUUAUUAUUAUUUGUGUACUGUAUAUUAUGAAUACAUAGAUAUGUUGUACAUAUUAUUAUAUUAAUAUAGGUACAUAGUGCAUAUUAUUAUCAAUUAUUAUUACUAAUCAUAUAAUAUGUUAUGUCGUGAUAUCGGUCGCGUGUUUGAUCGAGUCCGCGGCGAACAAAAUAUAACACGAUACGUAUAAAUAUCGGUAAGCGACAGGGUUGGAUUUAGGGGAAUCCCCCCUCCCGGCAAAACGUUUGCGUUCGCUGUUCGCGGCGGUAGUUUCGCCGCGAAAACAAAAACACGAUUCUCAGCUAAUUAGUUAUAGUGUAUUCUUUUCGAAAAUUUCGUUUUUACGGGUCGGGUCCUCGCAACCCUCGGGUCCGCUUGCGCGGCUUUUCGUUUCGAUGAUAUUUCGACUCUCUGCCGCACAUCACACAUUGGGUAGGGAUGGUUCGUAUAAAUCGGGAACGUUUAUUUUCCCGAUUAUUGCGUGUUCUCGCGUUUUAUUUGCCCGGGCUUUUUACGCGUCUCCCCGGAUCACACCGCGGCGCGACGUUGCCGCGUCGGAGUGAAAAUCCGUAACGCCAAAGUACAAAAAUAACGUUUUGUUUUUUUCUUCUGAUAUGUAUUAUUUUUUACGUACGCAUCGAAUGCCCGAGUUCGAUACGUCCGAAUUCUUUUGGUCCGCUAAACGCUCGCGCGAGUUAAAUACCGGAUAACACCCCCCCUUCCCAAUCCUCCCGUGAAUUCCGUUCGAUUUUUCAUUUUUCGAGAGACUUGAACGCUCUCGGUCGCGCGCGAGAGCCGUUGAAUACAAUAAACAUUUCGAAAAAAACAAAAAAACCACAUUGUACCCGCCGUUCGUUGACGCGUUUUAUAUUUGUAAAAUGUAUUUUUUUUGUUCCGUUGCUUACCACGACUUAUUGUUUUUUAUCGAUAUCAAAUCAUAAUAAUGAUACGCGAGUACCUAUUUACAUAUAUACAUAUAUAUUAUUGUAUUAUUAUUAACUGUGUAUAUAACUAUUAUAUAGAGAUACGUUAUUACGACAAUUAUUAUUAUUCUCAUAUUAUAUAGAUACGAAUAUAAUAUUAUAAUAUUAAAAUAUUAUUAUUAUUAUAAUAUGUUGUUACUAUUAUAGUAUAGAGAAGUAAAAGUAAAAAAAAAAAUGUAAAAAAAAUAUAAAAAAAAAAAUUUAUUGUUAAAUCGUGUGCAAUGUAAUAAUAAUAAUAUUUUAUUUAGACUACCUAUACAUACAUAAUAUAAUAUAUUUCAUUCGAUAUUAUAAUAUUAUAUAUUAUUAUACACACGUAAUAUAUUAUAAUUUACGUUAAACAAUCGGUACAUAAUAUACUAUUAUAUGCUAUGUAUCGUUUUUUUUACCCCGCGCACGGGAUUUGUGGUGGACCGUAGAGGACUUAUAAUGUAUAGCUGAUCGUGCCAAAAAAAAAAAAAAUAAAUAAAAAUAAUUGUAUUUUAGCGAUUAAAAUAUUACCGAAACUACGCUUCGUUACGCAUAUUAUUAUUAUUAUUAUUACUGUAUAACAUAACCUUUUUUUUGAUCGCGGAUCGUACCGCGGUUUCAAAAACGGUUUUUCCGUGUUACAAUCGUAAUUUUUUUUUUUAACGUUUAUAUAUUAUUAUAAUAAUAAUACUUCUUUAGGAAUAAAUUUUAAUAAACAAUUUAAUAUUAUGCAUAUAAAUAUACUACGACUGUUCAUAAUAUAUUAUUUACAUUAUAUUAUUAUUAUAUUUUAAAAUGAUAAUGUGUUAAAACGCGAUCGCGCGUCGAUCGACGAUUUCCCUUGUAAAUAUAUUAUAAUAUUUUACCUAUACGUAUAAUAAUUAUUAUUAUAUUAUCAUUAUCUAUUGUUACGUGUAAAAAAGCAAAAAAAAAAAAAAAAUUAAUAUUACGAUAUUAUAAUAUAUUGUUUAGAAUUUAA